AUGGAAAAACCCUUUUCUCCUCUCAUCAUUUUCUUCAUCAUCUUCAUCUCGGAUUUCCCUCAUUUAUAUUCUCCAUACCGAUUACAUCCCUCGAUCACCGCCUCAACCUUGGUACAUCGAACCCACACCGCGGUAUCCGAUUUUCAUGUCAUCAAUAGAAGGACAUUGUUUCAAUGCCCAGAUCCAAACCCUUUUCUCCAAAUCAAUGUUAGCAAAAGUUCUACCCUUCUCUCAAAUGAAGAGUUUGUGGCAGUGAUUGUUAGUGGAGUGUUGGUUCCUAUGGCAACUGAUUGGAUUGCCAUGAUUUCGCCUUCACAUUCUAACAUUGGAAGUUGUUUGGGAAGCAAAUCAUUUUAUGUACAAACUGGUGAUCUUAGUGAUCUUCCUCUUCUUUGUCAUUAUCCGGUUAAGGCAAAAUAUGUUAGCAGUGAUCCAACGUAUCUAAGUUGCGAGAAGAAAGAUUGCAGAAAAUAUAAUAAGAAUGGGAAAUGCGAAAUCAGAACAUGCAGUGCCUCCGUAAUAUUCCAUGUCAUUAACAUCAGAACUGACAUCGAGUUUGUGUUCUUCGCCGGUGGCUUCCACACCCCUUGCGUUUUGAAGACCACCCUUCCCUUCAAAUUUUCAAAUCCCAAUGCCCCCUUGUACGGUCAUCUCUCCAGCAUCGAUUCAUCUGCAACUUCGAUGAGAUUAACAUGGAUAAGUGGGGAUAAGAAGCCUCAACAAGUGAUUUAUGGGAACGGGAAAUCACAGAUUUCACAAGUUACUACUUUUUCGCAGGAUGAUAUGUGUUCUACUUUUAUUCCAAGUCCUGCCCAGGAUUUCGGGUGGCAUGACCCUGGUUACGUACACACGGCUAUCAUCACCGGACUUCAACCUUCGACCAUCUUCAACUACAAAUAUGGAAGUGAUGCAGUUGGAUGGAGUGAUGAAAUUGAAUUCCGGACACCGCCGACCGGAGGAUCAGAUGAACUCAAAUUUCUUGUAUUCGGUGAUAUGGGAAAAGCUCCACUUGAUGCUGCUAUUGAACACUACAUUCAGCCAGGAUCUCUAUCAGUGGUAAAAGCAAUGGUAGAGGAAAUGAGAAAUGGAAGCGUAGACUCCAUUUUUCACAUUGGGGACAUAAGCUAUGCAACAGGCUUCUUAGUUGAAUGGGAGUAUUUCCUUCACCUUAUAACCCCUUUGGCUUCUAAGGUUUCUUACAUGACAGCGAUCGGAAAUCACGAGAGGGAUUAUGCAGGUUCGGGGUCUCGUUAUGUGACUCCGGACUCCGGCGGAGAAUGUGGAGUUCCCUACGAGACUUAUUUCCCGAUGCCAACCGCAGCAAAGGAUAAGCCAUGGUAUGCCAUAGAACAAGCCAGUGUUCACUUCACUGUCAUUUCAACAGAACAUGAUUGGACCCAAAAUUCUGAACAGUACAAAUGGAUGAUAAAGGACAUGGAAUCAGUUGAUCGAUCGAAAACACCUUGGUUAAUCUUUGCAGGGCACAGGCCAAUGUAUAGCAGCUAUAAUGGUCUAAUCACUGUCGACGCUACUUUCCGUAAAGUCGUAGAACCGGUCCUGCUGGCUAACAAGGUGGAUCUGGUUCUUUUCGGACAUGUUCAUAACUAUGAGAGGACAUGUUCGAUUUUCAAGUCUGAAUGUUGGGCAAUGCCGAGGAAAGACGAAAAUGGGACAGACACAUAUGAUAAUGGUAACUACAAAGCACCAGUACAUGCUAUUGUUGGAAUGGCUGGAUACAGUCUUGAAAAAUUCCCAAGCUUUGCAGCUGGAUGGAGUAUGAAAAGGAUUAGUGAAUAUGGUUAUGUUAGAGCACAUGCAACAAGGGAUGAUCUAAUGCUACAGUUUGUGAACUCAACAAGAACAGUAAUUGAUAGCUUUCGCAUCACCAAAAGCAAAAUACUUUGA